CAAGUGCUCCGCGCAGUAGAAAGUGCUCUAUUUGUAAAUAUUGUUAAAUUGUAAAUAUUAGAAGAAAAUAGUAUUUAUACAGGAAAUCUUUGUUUUUAAUAUUUAUUUAAGUGUUUUAUGGAUAAAGUUCGUCGGCUACCACAAGUUUAAGCCCACACAGGGUUCAUCAUGGUGAUGGAAGCCAAUCCCAUUGGUGACAAUCACACAGAUGAGCGAGUCCAUAGCACAUCGCUACGUCCGAGAGCAGGCGGCGAUGUGAUUCCAGAACAUUCUGUGGGAACACUCGACCUAAACAUGUCAUAUUCAGCGCCCUCGAACUUAGUGCUGACGCCGGCACCCGAAUGUCGCAAACUCUCCCGAGGUAUAUCAAGGGCGACGGACAACGAGGGGCUGGUAUGGGCGUUAAGAAGUAAUACAGACCCGGAACCGAACACACUUACCUCCGACCACAUUCUCCUACUGCCGGAUAUAUCAGUAUACCCGCCAGAUUUUAGGAUAUUUAUCGAAAAGGAUCUUCUCGAAACAGCCACACUCGUAACAUUAGAGUCGGCCAGUAUAUUGAACUGGUGGCGUCACGGUCGCGUCCCGGGAGCUCCCCGGCUGUUGCCGCUAGCGACGUCUGGCGAUGGCAACUGUUUGCCUCACGCGGCCUCGUUAGCUGCUUACGGGUUCCACGAUCGACUUCUCGCGCUACGAACGAAGGUGCAAGCUUUGUUAUCGGGCGAGGGAGGUGAUGUACUUACAAAGGCCAUAAAGCGGCGCUGGCGCUGGGCGGAGAGCGUCCCGCUGCGCUCGGCGGGGCUGCGGCCGUCGGAGGGCGAGUGGGCGCGCGAGUGGGCGGACGCCGUGCGCGCCGCGUCGGCCGAGCCGCGCCCGCGCCCGCAGCCCGCCGCGCAGCCGCACUACGCCGGCCUCGAGCAGCUGCACGUGUUCGCGCUCGCGCACGUCAUGAAGCGGCCCGUCAUCGUCUUCGCGGACGUCGCGCUCCGGGAUUUCCGCGGCGAUCCAAUAGCCCCGAUCCCGUUCGGCGGUAUCUACCUCCCCCUGGAGCUGGAUCCCGCAGUUUGCAGUAAAGCGCCCAUCCUGCUCGCUUACGACGCCGGACAUUUCUCGGCGCUAGUGCCGUGCGAGCCUCUACCGACUGACGGAGCCAGAGUCCCGCUGGAAGACGAGGCUGGAAACCCAAUGCCGAUACGUUUCAACGUGGAUCCGGGCGAAGACUUUCGAUGGGACGUCGAGCCGGAUCAGAAAACCAUCAACAACCUCCUACCGGACGAGUACCAGCGGACGGCCAUGCUCGCCGCCUACCUCGACCUCGAGACCGUCGAGUGCCUGUCGCGCAGCCCCCCGCCCGAGGAGCUGCGGAGGUCGCUCGACGCGCUGUCGACGAAGAGCUCCAAGCAGGUGAACUCGGUGGCGAAGCAGUUCGGCAGCAUCGGACGCUCGAUGAGCAGCAAGCUGAAGAAGAACUUCGGCUCGAUGGCCAAGCUGGGCGGCAAGAGCGGCAGCCACAGCAACCCCGAGGAGGGCCCGGCGCGGCGCGGCUCGCCCUGCGCGCUGCUGUGUGCGCGCCUGCGGGCCGCGCGCGCGCCCGUGCAGGACGAGAUGGUGCAGAACUACCUGGACGAGGCGUGGAUCGGAUACACAGCUGAAAAAAACAGAAAGGAAGAAAAUCGUACAGCGCCCACACAGCCGCGCUACGGCACCGGCCGCUCGCAGUUCUACGCUGAAGCCGACCGGGCGGCUCACGAAGUCGCCCGAACACUUACCACACGGUCCGUGAAACCCGCUCAGGAUCGAACCCUGUACCUCUCCAAAUCGACGUUCUACGACGACCGUCCCCCCUCCCCUAAACCCUGCCGGGCCCCUCUCUGCAUGUACUACGGCAGUCCAGCGAAUAACGACUACUGUUCCAGUUGUGCGAAGUUACAGUGAGUGCUUCCCACUAGUAAUAAUUUAGAUAUAGUCGUACUUAAUAAUCACAAAUUUUGUAUCUUUCUGUCUGUAUUGAUAAAUAUAUAGUUGUCUCGCCCUAAUUCGUUACUCAUGACAGGUGUAAACAAGACAGAAUGUAACCUCGCGCAAGAACGAUUUACGUAGGUGAUCUAUGAUUCUAUUUUCAAAUUUUAUAUACCUAUGUAAUAUCAGAUAGAAUGUAUAUUAUAAACUAUAAUAUAUUAAUUUAUCUGUAUGAAGUUACGGUAAGUGCUUCCAUUUUUGUAUACUAAAUUUCCUAUUGGGGGACUGUCUUGGUACAUGACACUAAAAAAUUAUCAGAUAGGGAUUAAAAACGCAAAACCCCACUAAACAACACAACCACCAAAAUAGACUGGUCUCCGUAAAGCCUUUAAACGAUUAUGUAUGUAUGCGUAUGUUAGAAUACUCUCUUUCAUUUAUUAUUGUCAUAGUAUUUUUCUGAAUUUUCGUAUAAUAAAUUUAAUUUAAGAAUUUUAUGUAGGAUUGAUAAAAACCUAUAACCCGUUACAUUUUAACGUUGAUUAUAAAUUUCGGAUAUCAAAGUAUAUUAUACUCAGUAAAAAUGUUGCUAGUUUUCUAGCGUAUAUAUUUUAUAAAAAAAAGCGUUUAGUAAAUUUAUGGGAACUUAGUUUUUUUUAAAUAAGUAGAUUGCCUAUUAUUGUCUAUGCACUCUCUGACCAGAAACGUACAUUUAAAAAAAAUAGCAUUGACAAUUUUCAUCUCGACUUUUCAUACUAUUAGAGUAGUCACAGGAAUAAUUAAUAAUAAAUACGAUAACUUAUAUUAAAUAAUAUUACAUAAGAAUCGAACAUUAAAAUCACCAUAGAGCUACAAAGUAAUAAAAUACCUUUUUGUAUUUGAAUUAGUUUCAAAAAUUCGAAUUUUGUAUUCGAAUGACAUUCGUUAUUUAAAAAUAUCACGUAAUCCGUGUCCGUGACGCCAUAUUGUUGUGUUGAGUGUGGGUUAUCACUCAAAUAAGCUGAUUGUCACAGAGGCAAAUUUAAAAUUGUGUUAUCACGUAUUUGGGAAUUUGAAACUUUUUUUUUUUAAUAAUUAUACUUAUUUUAUGACAAAAACAUAUUUAAACAUCCAAUUGGUUAUAUCAGUUGCAACUAUUUCGAUUUCUUACUAUUAGCUUUAAAAAUAUUAUAUGAUUGUAACUUAUAAAACUAAACAUUAAAGAACUUUUCAUUGUCAAUAAGAUUGUAAUUGUGUGAAUUGAUAUUAUUAAUAUGCUAAAAAGGCUACUUUCAAUCAAAUGUAUUAUUAGUGUUUAAAAUUUUAUAAUGUUACGUAGAAUAGGUGUAUAUUAUGAAGAGUUGAUGAUGUGAUUAUGCUGUAGGGAAUAAUUAUUCUUCACUCUUGUUCGUGACACAAAAUUAUCGCUGGAUAAAUGAUUGCUAUAUAUUUUUAACAAUAAUAUAGACGACAUUUCAAUAGAAUACAUACUGUUAAUAUUUUUUUUCUAACUAAUUGUAAUCAAAGACACAUAUUAUCAUUGUAAAACCCUCAUCAUCAUCAUAUCAGCCGGAAGACGUCCACUGCUGGACAAAGGCCUCCCCCAAGGAUUUCCACGUUGGCCGGUCUUGUAAAACCCUAGAUAUAUAAUAAUGUGACAAAAAUAAGGACGAGCGGAGAAUUUGAUACUAUAUAACAAACAUACUUAAACAAAAGAAAAUGUAAUAAAAGUCUGAAUCUCGUAUUUAGCUUCCAUGAUUUGUAAGUUUUUUUUAUUAACAGUAUGUAUUCCAUUAAAAUGGAAUAGUAAUAAAUAAAGUAUUCUUCAAUUUAUUAUAAAGGAGUGCCAAGUAUAAUAUAUGUGAAACAAAACAAACAUACUAAGUGAUAUUACAAAACAAUAGAUAGAUUUUUGGUCGUAAAUGUGUUCAAAAAAUUGUAUCGUCAGGUGCUAUGACGCGAAAACAAUUUUUUUUUUUUUCAUAUAUAAGAAAAGGUUUACCCUAUAAUAAGACAAUAAAUUCAAAAAAAAACAUAGAACUUGAUAGAAUAUCGAAUAAUAUUUAAUUUAAAUUGAAUAUCUUGAAUAUAUUUUUGUAUAGAUAAUGAUUGAAGAUUCACUCAAAUUUUAAAUAUAAUACAAUACAAUAACAGCCGGUUAAUGUCCCACUGCUGGGCUAAGGCCUCCUCUCCCUUUUGAGGAGAAGGUUUGGAGCUUAUUCCACUACGCUUCUCCAAUGCGGGUUGGUAGAAUACACAUGUGGCAGAAUUUCAAUGAAAUUAGACACAUGCAGGUUUCCUCACGAUGUUUUCCUUCACCGUCAAGCACGCGAUGAAUUAUAAACACAAAUUAAGCACAUGAAAAUUCAGUGGUGCUCGCCCGGGUUUGAACCCACGAUCAUCGGUUAAGAUUUACGCGUUUUAACUAACUUUAAACUUCUAACGUUAAAUUUAAUAGUUCGCACGUAUUAUCAAACCGAAAUUAAAGAUAAGGCCAUUAAUAAAAUAAUUACAAAGUAACUGACAAAUUCACUUAAUUCAAAUUCUUGCUACAAACAUACGAACAGAAAAACGUCCUAUUUGGUUUCUAUAAAUAAUAGUCUUCGGCGUAUUAUUCUAUCCUGUACUAAAUUUGAAAAUAUUCUUCCUAAUUUUUGACAUUUUAGUAAUUUAAAUCUGCAAAUAAACUAGUUUCGACGUGUUGACAUUAUAUAUUAUUAGAACGAAAAAAUAUAUUUUUAUACAAAAUUCAGCCAGUCAGGGUAAAUGUUUUUCUCUAUAUAUUUUUUUUUUCAUUCAGAAUGAGCUUGGAGUGAAUUCUCCGUCCUUAUAACACAUUCAUAGAAAUUCGUUUGAUCUAGUCUUAUAAUUUAGAAUCGUAGAUUAGAAUUAGAUUAAAAUUAAUAUUAAGUUAUUCACUUAAAUAAAACUAAUUUUGACUGAUUGAAAUAUUAUAUUAUUUUUAUAAAUUACUAAUGGCCCGGCACAUGUUGCAAUGCUUUUGUUAUUAAUUAUCCGAAACGACUGUCGUCAUCUAUUGAACGGUGGUGGUACUAUAUCAGAAACAUUCAAACAAGUGUUUAUUACAGCUGUACAUAUUUUUUUUUAAAUCAGAUGGGACAAAGAAACUCUCACAUAUGAAAUAAAUUAGUUUUAACGAAUUGCAGUUUUAACGCGUAAAAAUAAUCUUUUUUUUUCGUAAAGUUCAAAAUAGUUUUAUUUAAUUUUUAUUAGUCGUGUUAAUUUAGGAAACACUAUGUUGAUUACUUUUAACUAUUGUUUUAAUUUAAUAAAAUCGUUUGCAUACAAAAAUCAUUAAUCUUUCCCACCAUUGUUCCUUAAUGUAAGCUGUUAUCACUUACUAAUCGUUAUGUUUAGAUUUAAAGAUCUGUGAAAUUACUUAAUAUAGAAGUGAGAUUACAUGACAUAAGAUUAACAAUCACCGAAUUUAUAAGUGAGGUUAUAAAGCAUGUUUUAUCUGGUUGGUACUGUUUGUUAUAUUUCAUAUCUAAGGGUUGAUAUGACAUAUCAUGUUUUGUAGGUCAAUAAAUGGUUAUGCAAGUUGAA